UCUCGCUCUUUCGCUCCCCCUUACAUACUCAUACACGUAGAAGAAUACACACUUGCUCUUCAGACACUCUCUCAGCCUCUUUUAUUUCUCCUUUCAAUCCGCCUUGCUCUCCUCUCUCUCUCUCCGUCGCCUCAUAAAGGGCAGCGCGAUCAGCAGAGCAUGACACUUUUAAUUGAAGCGCAUAUUUGUCGUUCUUUCGCUGCGGCGGUUUGGAUCACGGCCAAGAUGUGUCAUUGACCGAGAGAGGACUGCCAUUUCACCUUAGGCAGAGCAUCAAAGUGGGGGAGAAGACAGAUACAGUGAAGAGACGGAGGCUCAGUGAGGAGGCACUUUGGUUGGUUUUCGGUCAACUUCUUCUGAUGGGAGAUCAGCUGGCAGGAGAAGCCUGAGUCGAACCCAGAGGAGAGUUGCAAGCAGAGGAAUCCUGAAACACGUGGAGAUGCUGUUAGGUGCACUGUCCCAGAGCCAGGUCCACCCACUGCUGGGCUCCCUGCCGAUGCCGGGUCGACCCCUUCAGCCGCAGACUCAUGCCCAGCUGGAGCAUUUCCUGCCACUUCGGGUUAACGGAUCCUCGCCGCUCAGCCUCUUCCCCAAUUUUAACACGAUGGAUCCGGUGCAGAAGGCGGUGAUCAACCACACCUUCGGCGUCUCUCCACCCAAAAAGAAACCCAUCAUCUCCUGUAACAUCUGUCACCUGCGCUUCAACUCCACUACCCAGGCAGAGGCCCACUACAAAGGUCAUAAGCAUGCUCGCAAGCUCAAGGCCUUGGAGAGCCAGAGGAAUCGGCAGAAGAACGGACACAAUCAAUCCGCGACAGGAAAAGACAAAGACAGAGAGAAGGGGAUGAUGGGAUCAGCGACGGUGCUGACAGACUUACAGCUGAAAGACAAAACGGGUCCAAGCACUUCAUCCCAGCAGCAACCUGAAAACAGCCAGAGCAGCUCACAAGCAGCUACUCCUUCUUCACAAGCUUCAUCCACCGACUCCUCCUCCUCACUCCACUCUGCUCAGCUGUCACCACAAGUCUCCCCUGGCCCUCAGAUUUCAGAUCUACCUUUAAACAGUCCACAUGUGGAGGGGAGCAGCCCAGCUGGUAGUUCAGCACAACACUCUGACCCUCACAAAAGCUCCACAGGAGGUGAGGAGGAGUCAGUGCAGGCGGAAGAGGUUAAAGACGCCAAGAGCAACAAAAAACAUCUUCACUGUCCCACAUGCAAAGUGACGGUCAAUUCCAGCUCCCAGUUGGAGGCUCAUUGUAGCGGCUCUAAGCACAAACAGAUGCUGGAUGGUCACAGCAUCAGCCAGUCACAACGCAGGGUCAAGAUGACAUCAUCGCCCAGACCAGGAUGUCGAAUUAAGCAUCGAAUGGGCAGCAAGACCAGAGCGGUUGUUCGUGUAACCAACCAGCCUUUUCACUGUGAACUGUGCCAGGUGUCUGUCAACUCAGAGACGCAGCUGAAGCAGCACAUGAACAGCAGGAGACACAAAGAGCGUUUGGCUGGGAAGCCUGUCAAAGCGAAGUUCACUCCCUAUAAUAAACUACAACCCAAUGCUAUCUUAGCGACUAAACUGGCCUUGCAGAAGCAGCUAUCCAAGGCCCUGCCGGCAGGGUUCCUGACCAGCCCCCUCAAUCCAGCUGCCUUGUGCACCAUGGCGUCUGGACCGUUGGCACUACGCCUGCCUCCAGGGCCCACCGCCAUUAUCCAGGGUCCACUGAUCAGCCCCACGCUCUUCAGGCCUGCCCCAGGACCUCUGAGGGCCACACAUGCCCCCAUUAUCUUCUCUCCAUACUAGCAAUGAGCACAAGGCUGGAGGAACCACAGCAGAGUGGAUCUAUAUGAGCCAGAGCUGGACUAGAAGAAGAGAUUAGCGUGGGCUGCUGAGGACAAAUCACAGGACCCCUUGAGUGACACCAGGACACUAUGCAGUGACAGCGAGGGCAGCGUAUCAGCAUGUCAACUUUGGCGGGUUCAAGUCAUAAGAACACAAAGCACAAUCCCCUGGAGUGGAUUGAGAUUUCAGUGCUGACUGAGCAGCGUGUCACCCGUCGCUCAGCUGUUUCCUCUCAGCAAACUGCUGAGUGCAUGUUCCCUGGGGUCUGGACCCCUCUGGAAGCCAUAAUAACGAGCAUCUUCUAGUUUUAUUUAUAAGACAGUAAUAAACUAAUACACUAGAGUGUUUAAAUGUUAAGUGUUUGUUGCCAAAAAUUCUUUCAUUUUGAGAGCUUUCUAGUUGUAACUGGGGAGAACGAGAAAAAUCCCUCACCCCUGCUUUAGUUUUCAGAACCAAAUUGUGUUGACCAUCCAUGAAACUGGCCUCCACCUGUGAAAAAGACCAUGAAGAUUCUUAACUUUGUAUUUCUUAACAUUGCUGUAUCUAAAAAAAAAAUUAUAUCUUUACAGCCAUGAUGUGGAUGCCUUUAUUUUUGUCAUUUAUAUUACAUAAAUCCAUUCAGUUUGUUCCUCUGCCGGUUUCUCUGUCUUUUCUCUUGCUCUCUUUGUAAUGAAGUGACAAUCAACCAUCGCUCUGACGUGAAUGAGGACUUACUAUAUGGAGAUAGGCUGCAUAUAAUGAGAUAUAAUAGAGUCAUACAUUAUAUUAUACAGUAUUUCUUUGACAUGAGGCAUUAUAUGUUUAUCAGGUGAUGCUCGAUAGAUUAAUAGGGGGUAGCACUUUACUUUAAGUCACCGUACUUACAGCAGCAUUCAUCAGCAGUAUAUAAACAUUUAUUAAAUGGUUUAUAGCACACAAUAAUGUAAGUUUAUUAAUGAUUAUAACUCCUUUUGUAGGCACCACAUGAGUGAAGGCUAGCAUAUAAUAGAAAAGUCAUGGAAAUAUAGUAAAACGUAUAUAAUAAUAAAUAAAAAUGUCUUUAAAAUGUCCUAUACCUGCCUUUAGCUUAGCAAAAAUAUGUGUGUUUUCAACCAUUUAUCAUGUCUGAAUGCUGCUUAGAAAAGCUAAAUGGGGAGACUUAAAGGAAAGUGUUUCCAGUACAUUAAGAUUUUGAAACGGCUUGAUGCUGUUUAUGGAAUAUGAAGACACAGGUUUAAGUGUGCAAUUUAUCAACAUCAAAAGACUUACAUUAUUAGAACUGCUAUUUUUUAUAGUGUAUAUUGAAAAUAAUGUUCAUUAUAGAAAUCUCUCCCCCACAUGGCUGUGCUGAAUCACCCUAAGCAAUAUGUACUUUUGAAGUGUCACCUGGUAAAAUUUAUGACUAGUGUAACUGUGCAUCAAUUGCAAUAAUGUAAAUUAAUAUGUGGUAAAAAUGUUGAUACUGUAUUCUAAAUGAACUUAUAAAUAUUCCUGUUUUUUA